GGCAGCUUGGAAGAGCGUGGAGGCUGCAGCUGCGCAGAGUGGAAAAUUAUAUGUGUGCUGGAAUCUGGAUUGCCCCCUCCUUCCAGAUCAAUGGAAGGGGCUGCAUUGGAGCCAGCUCAGAGGCUGGUGACCUUUGAAGAUGUGGCCGUGUAUUUCACCAGGAGGCAAGGGGCCCUGCUGGACCCGGACCAAAAAUCCCUGUACAAGGAGGUCAUGAUGGAGAAUUACGGGAAUGUGAUCUCAUUGGGAUUCCCAGUCAUGAAACCAGACCUCAUCUCCCAGAUAGAACAAGGAGAAGAUCCCUGGGUGCCGGAUGAAGAGGAGAUCCCUGACAGUAGCCCAGGUGACUUCACAGAGAAGGGCUCGUGUCUACAAUGUGGGAAACAUUUUGUUGUUGAGCACCAGAGAGUCCUUACGGAGAAAAAAUCUCAGUGCUUGGUAUGUGGAAACUUUUUUGCUCACCAGCUGGACUUCACGACCCAGCAGGGAAUCCACGUUGGGGAGAGGACCUAUAAAUGUCCGGAGUGCGGAGAUUGUUUUGAACAGCAUGCUGCCUUUGUGAGCCACUCGAUGGUCCAUAUAGGAGAGGAACCCUGUGUGUGCCUGGAGUGUGGAAAAUGCUUUUCUCGGCCUUCAACAUUGAUGAAGCAUCGUCGAGUCCACAUGGUGGAGAGACCCUAUGCAUGUUUAGAGUGUGGAAAGAGCUUUGCACAACAGUCCUACCUUCUCACCCACCAGAAAAUCCACAUGAGAGAAAAACCCCACAGAUGCUUGCAGUGCGGAGAGUGCUUUCCUGACAACCCAGCCUUUGUUAGGCAUCGGAGAGUCCACACAGGGAAGAAACCUUACAAAUGCUCAGAAUGCGGAAAAUGUUUUGCUGACAGAUCUCACGUGGUGACUCACUUGAGAGUCCAUAAAGGAGUGAACCGUUAUAAAUGCUCGGAGUGUGGGGAGUCUUUUGACCAACACUCUGCCCUUGUGAGCCACUGGAUGUUCCAUACAGGGGAACAACCCUACGAGUGCCUGGAGUGUGGGAAAUGUUUUCCUCGGCCCUCAGCUCUUGUGAAACACUGCAGAGUCCACACAGCUGAGAAGCCUUUCACUUGCUUGGAGUGUGGGAAAUUUUUUGCCCAGCAAUCGGGUCUUGUAAAACACCAGCGGGUCCAUACAGGAGAAAAACCUUACGCGUGCUUGGCGUGUGGAAAAUGUUUUGCUGACAGCUCCUCUCUCGCAAGACACAAAAGGGUUCACACGGGAGAGAAACCCUAUAAAUGCUCAGUGUGUGGGAAAUGUUUUUCAGACAGGUCAAAUGUUUUGGCUCAUAUGAGAGUCCAUACAGGAGAAAAGCCUUACAAAUGCUUAGAGUGUGGGAAGUGUUUUUCCCAUCGAUCACACAUUGUGAAACACCAGAAAUUCCACAUGAAAGAAAAACUCUCAAAAUACCAGCAGCCCUUGGAGGUAGCGACAUCUGAGUUUCCUCUUCAUAGGACUGUCAAAGAAGAAGUGCUCUAAACUCUAGAGAAAGACAUUUUCCUCAACAUGUGCUUUGCUGUAAAUUAUUAGUCCUUUGUGCGAUACAGAAAAUAACAAUAUAGUCCAUGUAGGACAUUCACAGUUCUAAUUUCAUUCUUCCUCAUUACUAGAACUGAGAGUUCCUUUAACUGAUCAAGUAUUGUAACAACCCAGUCAGGAGUUCAUUGCAGUUUCUAAGGCCCAAACCAGGCAUUGCAGUUUCUAAGGCCCAAACCAGGGCUUGUGGCCACCACUCACCCAUAUCUCCUUCCUGAGUUUCCUGUGAAAAAAUAUAGGAUGUGACAUCAUUGCAUUUGGCAUAUCUCUUCCCCCUACAGUUGGCAUCCAUUGAAGUGGAGUGGGAAGUGGGGGACAUUGAGAACAGUGACCCUCAUCAUUAUGUAUCUCAAGUAGACCUUACUCUGGAAACUAGGAAGGAAAUGCCAGUCAGCAACAGCCACAAAUCCCUCAUAGUGUUUGUCUUGUGUUGUGAUAUUGUUGAGGACCAGUGUACAGUACAGCUGUGUCAGUCUAAUGUUUUCUUCAUUCAGGGAGAUAUGUGUAGUGUAGAUAGGGAACAUUUGUAUGGUAUAAUAUUCUAACCUGAAUGGAGUGGGGGAGCUCUCGUUGUCAUGGGAAUGUGUAAGAUAUGUAUGUGCCCCACACACUGUCUACACAAUGCAGCAUUCCCCCCUUUUGAUGAUUUCAGUCGAUGGGCUAAUUGUCUGGACCCACUGCAGGAAAUGUAAGAACUUCCUUCAUUUGACAGUUGAUGAGCAUAAACAUCGUCAUUGCUAAUUGCAUUAAUCCAUCUUGUGAAUCUAUAUAUUUUUAAAACUAGCCUGUCUGCCAAUAAAGGUAAUUUACAGUGUGGUCUUAACACGUUACGCCCUUCUAAGUCCAUGACUUCAGUGCACUUAGAAGGGUGCAUCUCUGCUAUGGAGAGAACUAUAAGCAUCGUGGUAACCUGGAAAAGAGAGAAACUCAUUCCCAUCAAAUUUAUAAAACGGAGUUCCCCAAUCUUUUUGCCUGCAGGUACUUUUGGAAUUCUCAGGCAUGGUGGUGGGCAGAACCACAAAAUGGCUGCCACACAAAGCAGAGCCAACAAAAAUGGCUGCUGCUAAAGGCACCCCAAAAUGCCAUUGAGUGAGGUCAUGAUUAACUCUAAUAGCAACUCCUUGACAUUUCAGGCAGAAGCUCUGUUUAACAGGAUGCCUUUUAGAAUGAGCAUAUUCUAAAAAAUUCGUGCAUACACACAGCUUAUCUUCAGUCACACAGUGAAGAUCUUUGUGCUCUGGGGGCAGCUGCUGCUGAGCUAACUUCUUAAAAAUCUGCAUAGCCAAUCUAAUUUCCAGUGGCCAAUCAGAAGCUCUGCUGGGCAAAAGUCCCACUUGACUCUGAAUACUUGGCAGGCACCAGGAAAUGUGUCCAUGGGCACUGUGCCAUUAAGGGCACAAUUUUGAGGAACCCUGUUAUAAAUACUCCUUUGCUUGCUUGCAUUCUUUGCUCACCAUGAAUGAUUCGCUAUUAACAAGCCUGGUUUGAAUCACAUCAGUAUAACAUACUGUACAUCUGUGUGGUUUCUUCCUGGAUUGUUUCAGGUUGGUAGUCAUGUUGGUCCGUAGUAAAAGAGGAAGACUCGGGUUCAGUAGCACUUUAGAGACCAACCAGAUUUCCAGGGUGUGAGCUUCUAAGAGUCAAAGCUCUUUUCAUCAGACUAAUUUUGCUCUUCCCUAUAUAUUUGACUAUAUAUUUGAUUUGAAAAGUAUGCCUUGCUUCUAGUUUUCCAUUGCAGAAAGUUAGCAAUCCAGUAAUCUUCUCUGAUGCCAUUUCUGCUCUGUCGCCUCUGUAUUUUAUGCAUUGAUUGUAAAUUGAAUGGCUCAAAGCUUUAGAUUUUUUUUACACCUUACAGCUGCCCUCGUCAGCUCCUGUAUAGGUUAAAAUUAAAUAACACUAGCAAUC